UCUAUGUCUCAUACUCAUUCUUUCACAACAGGCAAGUUCUGAAGAAAUUGAAAGAGAAAGCCAGCACUGAGAAGAGGUAAAAGAGUGAGAGGGUUCAUAACAGGGGAAGGGAAGUUGCAUCAUCAACAACACAAGUGAAGAAGACAAUAAAGCUUCUGAAACAAACAAGUGAAACAACCCAAUCCAUAAACACCAAUUUCCAAUUAGGGUUCAAUCUUGACCCUUUCAAACCCUAGCAAAAACUCCAAUUUUCCCCAAUUUCAUCGAAUUGAAUGUCGUAGCAGCUUCAUCAUCGCCCAAUGGCUUCAUCGGAGAUCGAGGUGGUGGUGUCAUCGGAUUCCAAUCCCAACAACAACGACCAGCUUCCCACAUUCGACGUCCUCACUGCCUCUGCUCAUGGUGACCUUCACAAAUUGAAGACCUUUGUGGAGCAAGAUGGCGCUUCUGUCUCUGUUCCCGAUGCUAAUGGCUACUAUGCUCUUCAAUUGGCUUCCCUUAACAACUUCCAUGAAAUUGUCCAUUAUCUCAUUCAGCAUGGGGCUGAUGUCAAUGCUAAAGAUAAAAUGCAACAAACGGCAUUGCAUUGGGCGGCAGUUCAUGGUUCAAUUGCAGCUGCUGAUGUGCUAUUGGAGAAUGGUGCUCGGGUCGAAGCUGCAGAUAUAAAUGGAUACAGGGUAUUGUUCUCCCUUUGUCAUAUAUUCUUAAAUGGAUACAGGGCAGUUCAUGUUGCUGCACAAUAUGGACAGACAGCUUUCUUAAAUCACAUUGUUGUUAAGUACCAUGCUGAUUUUGAUGUGCCUGAUAAUGACGGGAGGAGUCCUCUUCACUGGGCUGCAUAUAAAGGAUUUCCUGAUACAAUAAGAUUGCUUCUAUUUAGAGAUGCAAGUCAAGGAAGACAAGAUAAAGAUGGUAGUACACCAGUGCACUGGGCUGCUUUAGGAGGACAUGCAGAGACAUGUGCUGUUCUUGUGCAUGCAGGCACAAAGAAAGAAUUAAUGGUGAAGGACAAUGCAGGAUUCACUCCUGUACAGCUUGCAUAUGAUAAAGGUCAUCGGCUUGUCGCCCACUUCCUUUCUAAUCAACAAAGGGCUGAUAGAAACAACUGGAGAGGUAAACUUUGUAGUGGGAUGAUGGUUGAUAGUGGUUAUGCUCCCAUUUUAUUGUGUACUAUAGUCUUUGUCACGAUCCUCUUCUUCAACUCAGUCGUUGCAGCUCCCAACCUUAAAAAGAUUACUGCUGUUGUUGGACUUUGGGCGUGGACAGCUCUUUCGCUAGCAACUGGUUCCUUGUAUAUGUUUUAUAGGUGUAGCUGUAAAGAUCCAGGUUAUAUAAAACGCCCGGGAGACUUGGGUGCUCCGAGUGACACAGAGGAUCCUUUAUUGAAUAUUGAUCUGAAUAGUUCUUCGGUUUGGAUGGGAAAUUGGUCUCAGCUUUGCCCUACCUGCAAGAUAAUAAGACCUGUACGAUCUAAACAUUGCCCUACUUGUAAACGUUGUGUGGAACAGUUUGACCACCAUUGUCCAUGGAUAUCUAACUGUGUUGGGAAGAGGAACAAAAGGGAUUUCUUUAUUUUUAUCUGCAUGGAAUUUUUGGCAUCUUUCCUUGCUGGUGCUAUUGCAAUUCAAAGAAUUUGGACAUCAAUACCAGGAUUUCCAGAAGGAGAAACAUGGAUCCAUCAUGUGGUAGUAAGACAUCCAGGUCUUGUUACAUUUUUGGUGAUGGACACAGUUAUCUUCAUUGCAGCUACGACUUUAACGAUAACACAGGCUUCCACGAUUGCUCGUAAUUUGACGACAAAUGAAGUAGCAAAUUCAACCCGUUAUCAGUAUCUUCGUGGUCCCGAUGGCCGGCUCAGAAACCCUUACAAUCAUGGUUGUUGGAAGAAUUGUGCUGAUUUCCUAUUUCUGGGCUAUACAAAUGAUGAUGACAUUGCUUGGACUCCAUUACAACAGGUUGCAACUUAAAAUAAUCACCCUUGGUGUGUCAAUGCAUCCUUUGUUAUAUGAUUUGGUAGUUUUAAUUCGUAGAUAUACAGAUGUUAGUCAUUUGCAGCCUCGGACACAUCAUAUACAGAUGAUAGUCAUUCGCAGCUUGGCUGUUCAUUACCUGAUACUUGUACAUUGGACCACACAACGGAGAAAUGAAACCUUUACUUUUGGGCCUUCAGAAA